AUGGCGUCCGAGGCCGACACCGACACCUUUCCCUCGGAGCGCCCCUACCGCUCCCACCUCCGCCCGGCGUGUCUGGCCUGCCGGAAGCGCAAGUCUCGGUGUAACGUCGAUCGAAGCGGAGGGACAUGCUUAACCUGCCGAGCCCACGGCACGUCGUGCGAGUUCCCCCCGGCUCCCGUCGGCACCUCUCCGCGGCCAUUGAAGAACGCGUGGAGGAAUGCUCAGGCAACCCGCAAGUCGAGGGACCUGAGCAGUCACCGCCGCUCAUCUUCACCACCCCGGAUAGCAGCCGCAACAACAGCAACAGCAACACAGGUCUCAACCGCCGAGCUUCAUCUUAGCCUCAACCCCCCGGCAGCAACUCAUCUGCCCCUUGCUCAAGCUGACGCUGGGUUGGCGGCCAGGGGGAAAUCGAGGUCUUCGGAUAGGCAGUUCCCUUCGGUAUCAACGCCCCAUGACGCCCGCUACCCUGAGCCCAUCGGCGGCGGCGGCGAGGACGAGGCACACAUCGUGGGGCCGGCCGACAUCGAGGACACCCAGGUCCUGUCCACCUACCUCUCCAAUGACUCGUCGGUCCUCGACAGGAGCAUGCGCACCAGGAUCUCGGGUACCAGCCCGCGAAACGACAACAGAGGCGGCGGCGGCGUCCGGAAACCCGUCGUGUUCACAACGGUGAGGAAGCAGCCGCUGGGCGUGCCGGACGACCGCAACCCGGCGUUUUUGAAAUGCCAGAUCAUCGAGAAGCUGCUGGAGCCCAUGCUGCCAGAUAUUGUCGAGCUGCAAGUCUCUCUCUGUCUUUCUCUCUUUCUCUCCCUCUGUUUCUUCUUCGAGAAACCCAACCGGUGCUUCCCCCUCCUCGACAGACACUCCUUUGAGAGACGCUUCACCGAGGACCGUCGGCACAUCUCGCCCGCCCUGCUGUCGAGUCUUUACGCGCACACCAUGACGUACUGGGCCCAGUCGCCGCGCCUCGCCGUCCAGCACCGCCCGGACACGAGGUUCAUCUGGAACCAGACCAACGACGCGCUGUACUCGGAGAUCCACCUCUCGCCCGGCAUCUCGACGCUGCUGGCCAUCCUGCUCAACAUCGCCGGCCGGCCGCUGACCUCCAUCAUCGGUAACGGCCUCCUGCUGGGCUCGGCCAUCUCGCUGUGCCACUCGCUCGGCCUGAACCGGGACUCGUCCGACUGGGACAUCCCCGAGGCCGAGAAGCUGCUCCGCACCAAGAUCUGGUGGGCCAUCUUUGUGUCGAGUUUGGCGUACGGCACACCGCCCCAGCUGCGAAGCGGCCAGUACGACGUGUCGAUCCCCGGCUUGGAGCAGCUCUGCGGCCCAGCAGCCAACCCGGUCGACUACGAGGCGACGUCGGUCUAUCUCGCCUUCGUCUCGCUCUCCCGGUUCCUCGACAGGUACCUGGAGCACAUCUACGACCUCGACAAGGCGUUGCCCACCGGCCCCUGCGACCUCGAGGUCCUGCUGACGCAGUGGGAAGACUCCCUCGACCCGAGCUUGCGCCGGCGUAUCAUCCGCGGCGGCGACAGGCUCGACAUCCCCGGGUCGGCGAACCUCCGCCUGGCGUAUCUCUACAUCAAGCUGCUCCUCCGCAAGUGGGAGCUGGACGCGGAAAAGGCCGCCAGCGCCGCCGCUACCGCCGACGCCGACGCCGCUCCCGAACACGCGACGUCCUCGUCGAUUCCCAUGCGGUGCUACCUCGAGGUCCGCCGCGCCGCCGAAGAGAUCGUCCUGCUCGUCCAGGAGCUCAAGGACCCCCAGCUCGGCGACUACUGGCUGCCCUUACUCACCUUCGCCUUCACGUCCACGACCAAGUUCCUCCUCCGCUGCGCGCUCGAGACGGAGAACACCAUUGGCGGCAUCGCCCAGAGCAUGUCGCUCAAGCUGGCGCGCGACCUCGUCGACGCCCUGCGCGGCCACCGCCAGAGGGGGUGGGACGUCGGCGACCUCUGCAUCGCGCAGUACUCCGACGUCGUCGAGAAGCUGGCGACGUCCACCUCCGGCGCCGGCCUGGCGGAGCAGCCCGUCGAUGUGCCCGAGCUGCAGGAGUAUCUGUCGACGAGCGUGCCGGACAUUGACGAGCUGUUCCCGAGCCUGUGGGACAUGUUCGGCACCACUUGA